CGGAUUCGGAGCGGAAGUAUUCCUCUGGGGCCUGGAGGGUCGGGGGGCUUUUACCUACUUCGGUGGAACUGCCUGUGGGAUGUCUGUGCUGGAGGAGGUGAGGGUUGCAUAGGCUCAGAAAACUAUGAACACUUCAGAGAGCUGGGUCCUUAGUGGUUCCUCAUUAGCAUCCCAAGUUCAUGCUGCUGCUGUUAAUGGAGAUAAGGGUGCUCUCCAAAAGCUGAUAGCAGGAAACCGUGACCUGAAAGACAAAGAAGAUCAGUUUGGGAGGACCCCUCUCAUGUACUGUGUGUUGGCUGACCGUGUCGAUUGUGCAGAUGCCCUCUUGAAGGCAGGAGCGGAUGUCAAUAAAGCUGAUCACAGCCAGAGAACAGCGCUCCAUCUUGCAGCGCAAAAGGGAAAUUAUCGUUUCAUGAAACUCUUACUCACUCGUCGAGCAAACUGGAUGCAAAAGGACUUGGAAGAAAUGACUCCGCUGCAUUUAACAACCCGACAUAAAAGUCCUAAAUGUUUGGCUCUUUUACUAAAGUUUAUGGCACCAGGAGAAGUGGAUACACAGGACAAAAAUAAGCAAACUGCUCUGCAUUGGAGUGCCUAUUACAAUAACCCAGAGCACGUGAAGCUUCUAAUAAAACAUGAUUCCAAUAUUGGAAUCCCUGAUAUUGAAGGAAAGAUCCCACUUCAUUGGGCAGCUAACCACAAAGAUCCUAGUGCCGUGCAUACUGUCAGAUGUAUCCUGGAUGCUGCUCCAACGGAGUCCCUGCUGAACUGGCAGGACUACGAAGGCCGGACACCCCUGCACUUCGCCGUUGCCGACGGGAAUGUCACGGUGGUGGACGUGCUGACCUCCUACGGAAGCUGCAACAUCACAUCGUACGAUAACUUGUUCCGGACGCCCCUGCACUGGGCCGCCUUGCUGGGUCAUGCGCAAAUUGUCCAUCUUCUUUUGGAAAGAAACAAGUUGGGAACCAUUCCAUCUGAUAGCCAAGGAGCAACACCACUCCAUUAUGCAUCCCAGAGUAAUUUUGCAGAGACAGUGGAAGUAUUUUUGAAACAUCCCUCUGUGAAGGAUGAUUCAGACCUCGAGGGAAGAACAUCCUUUAUGUGGGCAGCAGGAAAAGGCAGUGACGAUGUCCUUCGGACAAUGCUGAGCUUAAAACUGGACAUCGAUAUCAACAUGACAGACAAAUAUGGAGGCACAGCUUUACAUGCAGCUGCCCUUUCUGGCCAUGUCAGCACCGUGAAGUUAUUAUUGGACCAUCAUGCUCAGGUGGAUGCUACAGACGUCAUGAAGCAUACUCCACUAUUCCGAGCCUGUGAAAUGGGGCACAAGGAAGUGAUUCAGACACUUAUAAAAGGUGGAGCAAGGGUCGAUCUCGUAGACCAAGAUGGCCAUUCUCUUCUUCACUGGGCAGCCCUGGGAGGAAAUGCUGAUGUUUGUCAAAUAUUGAUUGAAAAUAAAAUCAAUCCAAAUGUACAAGAUUAUGCAGGAAGAACCCCCUUGCAGUGUGCUGCUUAUGGAGGCUACAUUAACUGCAUGGCCUUGCUCAUGGAAAAUAAUGCAGACCCUAACAUACAAGACAAAGAGGGCAGAACGGCACUGCACUGGUCCUGUAACAACGGCUACCUCGAUGCUAUAAAAUUGCUACUCAGUUUUGCAGCUUUUCCCAAUCAGAUGGAAAACAACGAGGAAAGGUACACACCUCUUGAUUAUGCUUUGCUUGGGGAGCACCAUGAAGUAAUUCAAUUCAUGUUGGAACACGGGGCUCUGUCAAUAGCAGCUAUUCAGGACAUUGCCGCCUCCAAAAUCCAAGCUGUCUACAAAGGGUACAAGGUCAGGAAGGCGUUUCAGGACCGAAAAAAUCUCCUAAUGAAGCACGAACAGCUGAGAAAAGAUGCUGUUGCCAAAAAACGUGAAGAAGAAAGUAAGAGGAAAGAAGAACACCAAAGGAGAACGUUGAGCCCAGUGAAAUACCGAGCACAAACACAGCAGCUUCCAGAGAAGCGGAACCCAGCCACCAGGCCUCCACAGCUGCCCAGCAAAGCCGCAGGUAUUCCUAGCAAAGAAUCAUUCUCCAGCAAUGCAUCUCCAAGCCGAAUGGGAAGAAACCACAGAGGAUCCCCAGGAGUGUCCCCAGACAUUGCAAACAGAAAAGAACAAUUUCUUUCUACAGAAAAGCAGGGAGAAAAUCACCGAAGACAAAAAGAAUCAGCCAGAGAGCAUUCCAAAGGCAAAGCUCCUUCGGUCCACUUUGGCCCCAGUGAAAGGGAUAAUGAUCGCAAACCUCAGAGGGCCAUUUCCAAGUCAGAAGGUGAAAAAAGCCGAGAAUUGCCAUCUCUCAGAGGAAAGGGUGUCCCAAGACAUGCCUCUUAUAGUAAGGCAAGUGGAGCUGGAGAGAACUUAGAAGAGCAAAGGCGGAUGGUGGCUGGCAGUGGUGAGCCCUUGGACAGAGUAGCAGCAAUAUGCUUGCCGAGUUCUAAUCUCCCAGCUGGAAACUUGAGGUACCACAAGCACCAUGAAAUGCUAUCAGGGACCAAAAUGCGUUCGAUGAAAAGACGAAGUAAAGAGCUAAAGGGAGAGAGGUGCUCUCCAGCUGGUUCUAGCAGACCUGGAAGUGCCAAGGUGGAACCCACCCACCCAGGGAACGAGGCUUCAUCUAAUCGGGGACAAAGAAGCAAUGGCACGGAUAAUGAAGUCAUAGGAAGAGUCUGCUCUGGGCUACCAAGUAAAACAGGAUUGGUAAGACCCGGGCACAAUAACAUGGGGGUACGCUCCAUGCCUGGUGACAGGCUGAACUUGGUGAAGACAAAAACAGCCCCUGCAAAUGCAGGCGAUCAACUGUCCUCCCCCAUGGGGCAGAAUCUGAAUAUUGAACUUCUCCCAUUAGAGAGCCGGCUGAUGAUCAUUGAAAAAGAGAGAACAAGGAAAGAGUUGUUCCGGAAAAAGAACCAUGCUGCUGCUGUGAUUCAGAGAGCAUGGAGAAGUUACCAGCUACGAAAGAAACUGUCCGAGCUUUGCAGCACUCAGCGACAGGGUGAAGAAACUGAAGACAAGUGGAGGCAAGAGAAAGCUGCCUUUCCCUUCCAGGUUGCUUGGAAGAAACAGCUAAACCCCAGGGCCUCGAAACCAGUCUCCCCCUGUAAGACUCCCAAAUCUGCCAACAAGAGCAACUCCCUCAGCAAACAAAACAAGCAAAACGUCCUCAAACAGAUCUAUGGAUGCUCUCAGGAAGGCAAAGCACAUCAUCCCACAAGACCUCCCUCAAAGCCUGCUCUCUCUGCGAUGCACCUAAUUUCAGUAAGCAACCUGCAGUAUGUACACUUGCUUGAGAGUAAUGGAAAAUCAAAGAACUUCUCUUACAACAUGAGACCAGCCACUGAGGUGAAAACAAGAAGUCAAAAAUCCAGUCACUAAAGAAUUGUCUUCAUGGGAAAUGGGAUGGCUAAAGCAGCUGGUUCUCUGUUAGCAAAGUCAUCAAAUUUUUACAUUUCGGUCACUUUAAAAAAUGUAGCCACGAAAUGGGGCAAUGUUUACAGAAGUUUAAAACCAACAUAAGCAGGUUUCCUUGCUUACGAGGUCAAAGCUGGAACGGUCUUUCUUACAUUCUUCAUCUUAUAAAUGUUCUCAGCCUUGUGAUGGGGAAAUAUAGUUGUCACUAGGACUAUUAAGCCCAUACCAUUUCUCUCAACAGAAAAGGCUAUGCAGAUGAUGGCAUUUAUUCUCAGUCUCCGUCAAUCUGGGGCUAUUUAUUAAAAUGCCGGGGAAGUAAUGGUGAUUAACAAAACAGGGCGUAAUCUGGGUAAUGCCUGCUUGUGAGGCUAGGACCUCCCCCAUGAACUUCUGAGGUCAGGCCUGACUUUGAAGAUGUGGGUUAUGGAAUAGAAGAUGGAAAUAACCCAGAGCAAUAGUUCAUCCUAAAUAAGGUAAGCACUUUUCAAUGGUACUGAAUGACAGUCCCUUUAAAUGAAUUCCUAUUGUUCCCAAAUCAGUACCCUCAACAGUACAACUUCUAUCAUUUAUGCCAAGUCCUUAGGCUCUCCUAACGCCUUAUUAGAAGCUUCACUUAUAAAGUUUUUCCUCAGACUAGAAGCAGGAUCUGAAGUUUUAACUCUUUGUCUUCAAUGAAAAAUUAACUUUAUUAAAUUUUUUCACUUUGGUUAUUAGAUAGUAACAACAGUUAACAUCUAUAUAACACUUUAAAGUUUGCAAAGUGCUUUACAUGUUAGCUCAUUUUAAAAUUAGUACUAUCAAGCAGACCGAUAACUGGCCGAAUGGUCAGACCCAAAGAGCAGUCUCAUUCAGCGUGAACUUGGGAGGUCUACAGUAGAAUGCCUAAAGAUUUGUGCUACUU